AACAGGGGGCGUUGCAGCAAUUUCACCAGCAGCGCACAAACCCAACACGAAAAAGGAAGAACCGGAAGCAAACUUUACGUUUUUCAGCAUUAAAAAACAAAAUAAACGUGCCGUCAUGUCGGGGAUGGAGCAUCUCAGACGGCUAGUCAGCGAGCGGCUAGCGGCUGCUGCUGAGGAAAUCUUCGGGCUUGUGGAGAAGACAGUCGCGGAUUAUCAGGAGGAAAUCGUCCGGUCCAGGAGUGAAAUCAUCCAGCUGAGAGAGCAGAUCGAGCAGCUGACUGUUUCACAACCUCAAAUACUUUUGUUUAAAACAGAGGGCCACGUAGUUCUAGAGAACCAAAGCCAGACUCACGUGGCUCAGCAGAUGAAAGAAGAGCCACCGGAUGUCUCCCACUUCCCGAACCUGAACACUGAUUUCUCUAAGGAUGCAACCUUUACUCAUCCUGAGUCAGACGCUGCAACUCAAGCAGACGCCCAGCUGUUACCAUAUGACCACUCCAUAACUGUAACACUUAAUGAUGAUCUUGAUGUGAUGAGGAUUGGAUCAGGCUCAUCCUCAUCUGGUCAACAUCCUCACCGCGCUGUUUCCUCUCGGCUUCGAAGUGUCAGCUGUUAUAUGUGUGAUUUAGCAGGUUUAAGGGAGUCUGAUCUAGUUGAACACAUAAAAACAUCUCACCCAGGACAUAAAGCUUUUCGGUGUAAUGAAUGCCACAAGGAGUUUAAUCGUAAACACCACCUGACUUUGCAUUUAAGAGUCCACACAGGUGAGAAGCCAUACAUCUGCCCUUUCUGUGGGAGAUCAUUUACGCAAGGUUCAUCUCUCACGGUUCACCUGAGGCGGCACACAGGUGAAAAGCCGUAUCAUUGUAAUACUUGUGGGAAGAUGGUUUCACACUCCAAUCACUUAAAACUAUGUUUAUUUCGAUCUAAAGUCAUGGGCACUGCAGAGAAGCCAUUUCGGUGUAUGAAGUGUGGCAAAAUGUUUGGAAGCAUUUCAGAGCUAAACAUGCACAUAAAUAUCCAUAAAGCCUAUCAGUUAAACGGCAGCAAAUAACCUGCAUGAUCAGGCCGAGAUUGUUGUUGACAUUUCCAUU